CAGAACGUGGUUAUUCAGAAUUUUUUUUCUUAUACGUGAAAAAGAACUUCCUACACACACCAUACUUUAUAAAUUAAUCAAGAAUCACAACGAUAAUUGAAAGGCACAGAAAUGUUGACGCGAGCAUCCAUAAUCGUUCGCCGGCAAGCAUUGCUAAAAUCAAACAUGAUUUCGCAGGAAAUUGUUACAUAUAGACAUAUCCACUUAGUCACUCAGGGAAAAAGGAUUCCUAGAAACAAUUCUUUAUUGGAUCUGCAAAGAAACUGUAGAAUUACAGGAAUCUCUUUAGUUCGUUAUGCUAGUACAAAUGAAACCACAGAAAGUAAAACUCCAGUAAGUGAAACUAUAACAAAUGAAACUCCAGUAAUUGAAACUAUAAUAAAUGAAACACCACCACAAAAUAGUCCAUAUGAUGAAAUACCAGAUCCACCAACACCAAUACAAGAAAUAAUAGAAAAUAUUGUGAAAGUGCAUCCAAAUGGAGAGCCAACGUUCGAGAGUCUAGGAUUGGGUGGUUGGACUCCGCCAGGGAUUGUACAGAAUAUCUUAGAAUUUAUGCACAUAAAUUUAGAUAUGCCAUGGUGGUUGACAAUUGUUAUAGCUACUAUUUGUGCAAGAAGUCUUCUAUUUCCCUUAGUGAUAAAAGCGCAAAAGAAUAUGAUUCGACUUACAAAUCAUAUGCCAGUAAUAAAAGACUUCCAUGCGAGAUUGACAGAAGCCAGGAAUUGCGGCGAUCAUUUGCAAAGUGCACAAGUAGCGGCAGAGAUGAUGAAGUUCAUGAAAACGAACAAAAUUAGUUUUACACAGAACAUUAUGAUGCCAUUAGUACAGGCACCAGUGUUCAUCUCCUUCUUCUUCGCAUUGAGAAAAAUGGCAAACUUGCCUGUGGAGAGCUUAAAAGACGGUGGCUUUUUGUGGCUAAAGGACCUUACAGUAUAUGAUCCUUAUUAUAUAAUGCCGAUAAUUACCAGUGUAACAAUGUUUAUCACAAUCGAACUCGGCACGGAUGGCACUAAUAUCCAUGCGAUGGGUAUAAUGCGAUAUGUUUUGCGAGCUUUGCCAUUCGUUGCUUUACCGUUUAUGUUGCAUUUCCCUGGGACUAUUUUGACAUAUUGGGUAGCAACAAACAGUAUCUCUCUGGUACAAACUAGUUUUCUAAAAAUCCCACGUAUAAAGAAAGCUCUCGGUAUGCCCACCAUGAUAAAACGCGAUAUUCCAAAAGCGUCCACCAAAAGCGUCCAAGGUUUCGUUAAUGAAAUGAAGGAAUCUUGGACAAACAUGAAGAUAACAAAGCAGCUAUCUGAUAGAGAACGGGCAGAUACAAUACAGUUUAAUAGCGCGGGUAAGGGUCCCAUAGUGAAGACGUUUAAAUAUGAUCCGACGAAGCAAAAGCAAUCGACAACAGUAUUUACAAAAAGUAGAGAAUAAUUUUAUUUAGAAUUAAUAUGUAUUUAGUUACACAAUGUGCAACACAAUAAACAAAAUUGUAAU